AGCUUGUUGGGAAGCAGUCAGCUAUGAGGCUUCAUUAUCUACUAUUUGUAUUCCUCAUCCUGUUCUUGGUGCCUGCUCCAGGAGAUGCAUUCAUCCCAAAAAGCCUCCGAAGAUUUUUCUGCAGAGUAAGAGGCGGCCGGUGCGCUGUACUUAACUGCCUUGCAAAGGAAGAACAAAUAGGUCGAUGUUCUAAGAGAGGUAGAAAAUGCUGCCGAAAGAAGUAGAAGACCCAGAUUCAAAUCGAGAAUGCCACCUUUGUGCAGGGUGAGGGUGGGGGAGGUACUCCUGGGAAUGUAUAAAAGUAAAAUCAAGUUAAUAUAUAUAUAU